AUGCCUCGUAUUCAGGCCUUCGAGGGCAUGCAAUACUCUCGCACUGGCGACGAGCUCGAACAGCAAGAUUACGCGUUCUUCAACCAGCAGUAUGCCACUUCCACCUAUCAGAAGGAGCAUGAUAUGAACCCGGACCUCAUCGUCCGUCCCAAACAUGAUGAGGACGUCAUCAGGGCCGUCAACUGGGCCCGCGAGAACAAGGUUGCCGUUGCCGUAAAGAGUGGCGGUCACCAGUACAGUGGCGCGUCGUCCACAGGCGGCAAAAAUAUCCAAAUCGACCUGAGCAACACAUACAGAGACCUGAUGAUCUUACGGCCCAAGGAGCCCAUCGCCGAAGACAAGACUCUUGUCUAUAUUGGCGUCAGCACCACCAUGAUGGACCUCAACAAGUACCUCAAGCACAACAAGCUCUUUGUCCCCACUGGGCAGUGUGCCUAUGUCGGCGUGGGUGGACAUGGCCAGACUGGUGGCUACGGACAGCUUGGCCGCAGCUUCGGCCUUUUCGGUGAUCACAUCAAGACCAUUCGUCUGGUCUGCCACGACGGUAUCAUCCGGGACGUCACCAAGGCAAGCGACCCAGAGCUCUUCUAUGCUCUCCUCGGUGGCAGUCCUGGCAACUUUGGUAUUAUCACCCACUACAUCGUCGAGGUGUACAAGUCCAAGAGUUACCUUGGCACUGUUGUUGGACCCAACGAGUUCAAGGGCCCCCACGGAAUCAAGGCCCUUUGGAUCUACACCAAGGAAGUUCUCACUCAGCUCCUUACUGCGGUCGCUGCCAUGGCCGACGACCCUACGUUCCCUCGCGGCUUUGACCUAUGCGUCAGCGUCAUCAGCACCGAGUUCCCCAUGGCAUCAUUGUUCAAGGACCUUAACGACGCGACCGUUUGGGAUCGCAUCCAGGAUAAAAUUAGGAGAGUUCUCGAAGACAAGUUUCUAGAGUUCCUCAACGGCAAGUUCCCUGCGUCCAUCAUCCUUUACGCGCAGUGGUGCCCGACCAACAAGAACGACAAGUACGACGCAAAUGUCGACGCCUGGUUCAACAAGUUCCGAGACCUCAAGAGGCGGUUGGAGAACGAGACGCUCCAGUUCGCUGAAUUCGACAUGGAAAUGUCCGACAUGACAGGUCAAUGGAUCUUCCCGAAGGCGCGCGAGUUUGACCUUCCCUACGUCAAGCGCACCUACUCGACCAAAUCGACGACAUUGAGCAAGGAUAAGUGGGUUGACGCCGUAGUCGACCGUAUUGACCUCAUCUACAGCCCAGAGCAAUACCUUCAAGGGCAUGCCGGUGAGAAGAACUAUGAGCGUUACAUGCGGUGCAAGCUCUCGGUUCAGAUCCAAUGUUUCGGGGGCAAGAACUCGCGCUUCUACACCAAUAAGGACAACGGUACCUCGUACAGCUGGAGGGAUUCGUCCGUUGUGCAGACCCUAGAUUGCUUCCAUAAUCCCGAUGAGGAGUCCAAGAGCUAUGCCCAGGCAUGGCAGACCAAGAACGACGCCAUCAUGAACGGCCCACAGAGCCCUUUCAGCAAGCAGGAUAGACGCGUCCUCUGGGGAUCUUACGGAGACUGGAACAUGGGCGAUGAGAGAGUUUGGAAGACGUACUACGAGGACGAGGCGAAAUACAAGAGAAUUGGGAAAGUCAGGGCCAGGGCUGACCCCAAUGGCACAUUUACGGCGAAUCCCUUUGCGGUUGCUGCGGCGAGCAGUUCGAACUGA